AUGGAGGCCGAUCCGGCCACGGUUCUAGAAUGGAUUAAGUGCAGUGAAUGCCGUGAUCUACAAAUAACGGCACUGGAACAAUUGUGUACAGAAAUUCUCUUCUCAGAUAACGUUGAUGAAUUUGUGCGGCGGUACAGCUAUGCUGCGAUAAUCUCGGCAACCACCCAAGUCUUUGCAGACGAACUCGCCCCUGACUAUCUUCUAGAGGCAAAUGCGCGCACCCUUACAUACUGCCUCGAGAUGUGCGAUACUCACGCUAUCCAAACAAUAAAGGAGCGGGAUCUCCGUAUAAUGUGCACCAGGCUCGAUGCGGUCGAUAUGAUGUCCGAAAAGAGCAACGAAGUUGGGCAACAAAUAGUCAAAGUGCGUUUCCCAAUUUACCUGGCCAUUUAUGGUACCGUUUCUCAUUACCUGACUGCCGGACCUUACCACCUCUGUGCUGAUUUUUUAUUUCUUAUACUGGCUUCUUUUACGAUGUUAGAACUAAUCGCAAAUCAUAUACCGGUGCCCGUCUACCGAGCAGGCGGCCUAACCAGUGUUCUGCGAUUCGUUCAACUGUAUUCUGAAAACAUCCAUGCUGAUGUCCUUCAAGCUGGCAUGAAUCUAGUCAAGACCCUCUGCUCACACUGCGAACCCACAGACCCUAGUCUGGACUCAUGGAUUGAAUCACUCAGUGCAUUACUGAAUCAUAACGACCAGCGUGUUAUUGAUAACUCGCUACAGGCGCUUGCUAGCAUCGUAAACAGAUUCGCACGUGCAGGUCGUGAUCCAACCCCAGUAGCAACGGCUGAAUUGAUUGAUCAGUUAUCGCAUCAUUUAAGCGUCGCUGGCGGUGCUGCGUGUACCAAUGUCAAAAAAUCCGUUCCUGGCUUUGAACAACUUGAUGGGGAUACCUCAUUCACCUCAUUUCGAGCUCUGGGCAAUCUUGGAGAUCAGGGUAAAACUCCCGAUUCAGGGCCCUCAAAUCCGGCUCUCGUAGACGCCUUGACUAGCCUUCUGCUUACUCUGUGCUGCAACUCGGCCGCAGCAACUCAGCGUCUGCUAAGUCCUGAGAAUCACCUUGCAUCCACCCUGGCCAAUAUCCUCCUCUACGGUGAGGAUAGUAUAGCAUCUAGCGUAUUUCGGCUCAUUGAAGUACUUAUCUACAUCCUUGGCGAGGGCCGAGUGGCAGAGACCUAUGAAGGUCUACGAUCACGCCAACAGUCCUAUAAUGCACCCGAGGUCUUUCCACGAUCGCUUCGUGUGGAUCAGGAGGAAAAGAGUCAGCUUCCUGCGGUUGACGAUACUCAGAACAAGCCCUCCUUCAGUCCACUCGAACGGGAAGCCGCUUAUCGUGCUGCAGUGGAGGCAAUAAGGAAACAAGACAAGGAGGCUUUUGACAACUUGCUGUCCAACAAAGCUCUGGAUUUGCAUCACCUGGACAAUCGAGGUCAGACGCUUCUGAACUGGGCUUCAUCGUUUGGCACGCCUUACAUGGUAGAGCAGUUGUGUCUGCGCGGAGCUGAUGUUCAGGCCGGAGCCCGCACCUCUCUCGACUACGCCGCCGGCUUUGGUCGUGUAGAGGUCUGCGAAUUACUCCUCAAGCAUGGUGCAAAUCCGAAUGUGUAUGACGUUGACGGAUUAAGACCCAUCGAUCGUGCUCGUCUAAAACGUGAUGACCCCAAUGCGACGGCAGUCGUUAAGUUGCUUGAAGGUGACAGCAUUAUGAAUAACAAUGCUCAAAGUUGCACUUUAAUAUGUUUGCAAUUUUUACAUUGA